AUGGACAAUGACUUGUUACGUCGCGGACAGCCAACUUGUCAUGUGGCUUUUGGUGAAGAUACAGCGCUAUUAGCUGGUGAUAUUUUGCAAUCGAUGGCAUUUGAGGUAUUAGGAAGCCGUCUAUUUGAUCAAGGUCAAGCUGUUGAACAGGGCAUUAUUCUUAAACAAAUGCAAAUCUUAGCCACAGCAAGUUCAAAAAUGAUCAAGCCAUUCCACAAUUGCGUCAAUAUGGUCAAGCGAUUGAUGUGGUGUCUGAUACUGAAUCUUUGGGCAAAACUGCAGGCAAAGAUCAACAAGUAG